UCAGGCUUUCGUUGUUUGUGUUCGAUUUUUCUGUUCAGUGCAGUUUCUCAGCUCCGAGUUCGUGAGCUCGCAGAUCCCUUUCCUCAAUGGCUUCCUUUUCCUUGUUUCAAUCUCCCACAUUAGUCUUUACUGCGGCCAUCCUCUUACGAGUCUCUCUCCUGUUCUAUGGACUCUUUCAAGAUGCCCACUCGCCCAUGAAGUACACGGAUAUUGAUUACUACGUAUUCACCGACGCUGCACGCUUCAUCUCUUCUGGUCAAUCACCAUAUGCACGGGAUACAUAUCGCUAUACCCCUUUACUCGCCUGGCUUAUCUACCCGACAACAUGGUCAGGCCCAGUUUGGUUUUCUUUCGGUAAAGUCUUGUUCGCAGUCGGCGAUGUAGUGGCUGGUUGGAUGAUGUUUCGGAUCUUACGGACGUAUAGGGGUAUGGGCCAGGAGAGAGCCUUGAAGUUUGCAAGCAUCUGGCUGCUGAAUCCGAUGGUGGCUACGAUCAGUACGAGGGGAAGCUCUGAAGGAUUGCUGGGUGUCUUUGUCACGGCGCUGCUCUGGGCAGUAUUGGCGAGGAGAAUGGCAGUCGCAGGGUUUCUGCUGGGAUUCGUGGUGCACUUCAAGAUCUACCCAUUUAUCUAUGCAGUGUCGAUUGUGUGGUGGCUUGACGACAGCAAGAUGGAGAAAGGGAAGGGUGGUGGAUCGAAGUCUUCGACGUCGCUGAUGAGUCAAGUGCUAGACUUCUGCAACCCGCAAAGAAUAGCACUGGCCAUGUACAGCAUCAUUACCUUCAUAGCGUUGAACGCCGUUAUGUACCUCGUGUACGGAUGGCCAUUUCUUGAGCACAGCUAUUUCUACCACCUGAUUCGGAUCGACCACAGGCACAACUUCUCGCCCUACAACACGCUCCUCUAUCUCAAUUCAUCGCCAAACCCCGACUUACAUUCCGCUACACCAUCAUUCGAACUCGAGCGCCUGGCAUUCCUUCCCCAACUACUUCUCAGCGCUAUCAUGAUCCCACUAGCACUGGCCAAAAAAGACCUCCCGAAUACAAUGUUAGCGCAGACCUUUGCAUUCGUGACGUUCAACAAGGUCUGCACAAGUCAGUAUUUCCUCUGGUACAUGAUGUUUCUUCCAUACUAUCUUCCCAAUUCAACCCUCCUGCGGUCACCAGUAGUCGGCAUAACAGCGCUUCUGUGCUGGAUCGCUGGCCAGGCUGCUUGGCUACAGCAAGGCUUCCAACUCGAGUUCAACGGCCAUUCCACCUUCGUACCUGGGUUGUGGGCAUCUGCAAUCCUGUUCUUUCUCAUCAAUGCCGGAAUCUUGGGGAUUAUCAUACACGAUACUAAAGUGAACCCAUAUAAGAACGAGACAGGAAAGUUGAAGAAGAAGCUAUGACAAUUAUGUUGAAGUAGAAGACUAG